AUGGCAGUGCAGCCAGUGGCAGUGCCCAAACCAGUGGCUGUUCCCAAACCCAUGGUGGUCACCAAACCAAUGGUUGCAGCUCACCAGCCAAUGCCCAAAGCUCACCAGCCGCUUCCAAAAGCCCGUGGUCGUCAACUUCGACUGGUGGCGACUCCUGUGAAAGCGUCGGAGCUCAUUGCAGAGGCAACAGAGGUUCUGCAAGGGCGGCCGAACACGAGCCAAGCUUCAGGCCAUUCGUCGGCUCCAACGCCAUUGCGGAAGCCGGAAGAGUCCGGUGCCGAAGGCAGUAGCUCCAGGUCUUCAACAGCUCGGUCCAGAUCACAGGGCGCAAAACAGCCGGCCAUGUUUGCAAGAAUAGAGGGCGUUGCGACACAGAUGCAGCAGGAGCUUGAUGAGGUUAAGGCUUUCUUCGAUAAUUGCUGGGACGGAGAGCACAAGGACAAGCCCUUUGACAUCCCAGAGCCUUCCAACCCACCCAUCCAGCAGCCGCCACAGCGUUUUGUGCAUCCGCAAGUCCGACCACCACAGGAGCCCUGCACAAGCAGCGGUUUCAGCAGCCCAACUGGCAUAGAUGCUACACUGAGGCACCCGGGCCAAAGCAUGCUCAACCCAACCCUGGUGUAUACAACCGUCCGACAUGCUCCCCUAGCAACGCCAAACUGGCAGUGGGAACUGCAAAACCGGAAGUGGCGUGCCAAUGCAGAACACAUUGUCAAGUUGGAGUCAGACUGGGCGCAGCGUGUCAAAGAGGUUGAAGAAGCUGCUACCCGUUCAGAUGAGCGAGCUCGUCUUGCUGAGGAAGCUCAUGGUCGUUUGCUUCAAGCAAAAGCCGACUUAGCUGAUGCGGCAAAGACCCGAGAAAGGCAGUUGGAGGCACAGGUUGCCAAGGUGAAGGAGGAGCAUCAAGCAGCUGUGGAGGCUCAAGAUGCCAGUUUGAAGAGGCAGCAGGAUGAGAACGAGGAUCACGAGACGGAGGUCCAAGGUCUCCGCCAAGAGGUUAAGACCUUGGAGGAUGAGAGAACGCAGAUUCUCUCCGAAAGGGAUGUGCUGCGAGAAGAACUUGGCUCGGCUUCCAGAAGCCUUGAGGCGCAGCUGCAGCAUGGCGUCGAACUCAAGAACGAAUUGGCCAAGCUACACUCAGAGCUGGAUUGUUUGAGAGAAGAGCGGGGCACCUACCAAGAUUUGGAGCAGAAAUACCGCGAUCGCAUCGAAGAGCUGCAGGCCGGCUUAGCCACAGCACGGGACACCAUCGAGGCCCAGCAGAAUCACAUGGCGGAACUGAAGAGCUCGAUGACAACACUGCCUUCUUCAGAGCAAUUGAACAAUUCCUGCACUGACCUAGAUGAGUCUGGAGAACUCCAUCAAGCAAUGCAACAAGCGAUGGAGCGCUUGCGAAAUGACCUGGCAACGGAACAAACCGUCGCAGAGGAUCAGCGGCGCCUAUCUGCGCAUCUGAAGCAAAAGGUGCUGAACUUGGAGGAGGAGUUGGGACAAUCCCACAGGCAGUGCGAAGAGCAAACAGGCCGAGAAUCCAGCCUCAAGAAGCAGUUGAGUCAGAAAGAUGCUGCUCUGGCAAAAGCUCGGCAGAAGAUUCAGACUUUUGAGUCUCUGAAUAAGGACCUGGACCAGGCUGUUGCAGACCUCCAGUUGGAUUUGGCAGGAACAAAAAGUCGUGAAGAAAGUCAUCAAAGUCGCAUGCUGGCGUUGAAGCAGGAGCUCAGUGAGCGCGACUCUGCACUACGCGACCUCAGGAGAAAAUCUGAGGCGUUGCAGGAAAGGAAGCAGCGUGCAGAAGCAGAAACAAAACAGGCUCGUGAGGAGCUCCUCUUAUCGCAACAAACAUGUGAAAGUCUACAAGGCCGCAAAGCUGAUUUGGAACAGCAGGUGAAUGGAUUGGAAAAGGAGUGUGGCAAAAUCCCGGAGAUUUCAGUGGCAAAGGAUGAGAUGGAAACGUCCUUAAAACAGCAAAUAUGCCAACUUGAAGAUGAGCUUGCUUCGGUGAAACUAGCUCACAACAGUGACCAGCUCGCAAUAGCAGCAUUGCAGCAGCAAGUAGUGGAGUUGGAGCGAGAGUUUGGGAUCAGGCAAGAAGAGCUUGAUGGGCAUGUAGCUUCAGGAGCAGCACUACAAGCACAAGCAGCAGAACUCGAGAAGGAGCUUUGCAAGGCAAAAGCACAGCUUGAAGAAGCGUCCGGCGAACAGUCUGCUUUGCAGCAAGCCUUGGAACGGCAGUCGGGGAUCGAAGUAGAGUUGCAUUCCAAGGCCGGUAGCCUGAAAGCUGCCCUGGAUGAAGCAGAAGAACGGCACCGAAGUGACGCGAGCCAAAAUCUCGCACUGGAACGUGAGGUGGCUCAGUUGGAAGCCGAAGUUUCCACGCUGCGGAUGACGGUCAAAAGCCUCGAGGACAAAACCGCUGCGCAAGAUGAAUCGCACCAGAUGCAGCUGGCUGAAGGAUUGCUUUUGCAAAACAAAUUGCAAGAGGCAAGCGCUCAGUUGGCUCAAGCCACUAUGACUGAAGAAAUGCAGCAAGAAUUGAUAUCCCGGCUGCAGGGAACUCUAAGUACGUCAGAAGUUGACUUGUCCCAAAGUCGAACUGAUCUUGCAGCCCAGGAGGCUCUGAAGUCGCGCUUGGAAGAGGAUUUGGUUCAGGUUCAGACUGAUGCAAGUCAGGGUCAGAAGCUGAUCAAAGAGCUUAGGUCACAGCUCAGCAAAUCAGAGGAUGAGCUCAGUGUGGCCAACACCGCCUUCCAAACUUUGCAGAGCAUGGAAGCCGAGCUUCGGAAACAACUUGGUCAACGAGAUCAGUUGGUCUCGGAAUCAAGAAAUGAACUCAAGGUGCAGGAGUCAUUGGCGAGCCAGUUGGAGGAGCGGCUGAAAGAGACCAUGUCAGAGCUCUCCGCAGCCAGAAGUGAAUUCUCCUCGCAAGAGCAUCGAAUUUUGCAAUUCAGCAGCGGACUAGAAUCCUCGCAGGCCAAACUGUCCGAAGCAGAAUCGCAGAUUCAGCAGCACACGGCGAGGGAAAUGGAGCUGGAGCAACAGCUAGCGAUGUUGGACAGCUCGUUGGCUGCAGCGCUCUCCGACAACGAGCUUCAAGCCUCAGCAAAGGCAAGGCUCGAAAAAGAUACUGAGGAACUCCAAUCCAAGCUGUCCGCGGCUGAGCAGUCGGGAGACCUGCAACGCCAAGAACAGCUCGCGCUCGAGGAACAAGUGGGUGGACUCCAGUCUGAGCUUGAGAACGUCAAAGCUCUGUGUGACACUCAGAAGAACCUGAAAUCCCAACUGGAAGAGCGGUUGAAAGUCACAGAUGCGGAGCUUUCUGGAGCACUGAGCAGCGCGAAGGCCCACGAAAAGCUUGCCGCGGAGCUCAAGCAGUACUUGCAGAAUGCUGAGAGCGAGUUGAUGGCAGCUACCUCUGAGACAAAGGACAAGGAGGGUGUCAUUACGUUGUUGGAGAAUGACAGCAAGGAGGCCAAGGCUCAGGUGGAAGUUCUCUCCACGAAGCUCCUUGAAAGUCAGCAAGCUGUUGAAAGUCACAGCGAUCGAGCUGCAGAGCUACAGCUCCGCAUUUCCAGUUUGGAGGAGGAGCUGGCCUUGGCUCGAAAGGAGGGCGAAUCCUUGCAAGGAGCCGAGGCUGAUUUGAAGACGACGCUGGCGCAGAAAGAGUUCGCCUUGCUCGACGCAUUGGCGAGUUCCGAGGCGCGCAGAGCCAAUGAGGCGGCACUGCGAAGCGCCCUGCAGAAUCAGGAGAAACUCUUGGCAGAUGAACGGGUCGCAAAAGAUACCGCCGAGCGGCAACUGGUGCAAAGUUCCACGCAAGUGGCAGAGAUGCAAGCUGAACUGACUGAGAUGCAACUCAGCCGGGAUGAACAAAGCAGCCUGAACCAGACUCUGCAAUCCCAGCUGAGAAGUAGCGAGGUAGCAUUCAACGCCAAGCUAGAAGAAACAGCACACACUGAAUCAAUUUUGCGAGAGAAAUUGCAGGAACUAUCAAGCCAGCUGAAUUCCAAGCGCCAGCUUCUUCCGGAUCGAUCAAAUGCAGAUGCAGAACCGGAGAAUGAGUUCCAGCAGAAGGCAAAGCAGCUGCGGAAACGUAUCGCUUCGGCUUUAAGACGGGCAGCGGACGCACAUCAUGCAACCAUUGACUUGGAGAUUGCACGUGUGUUGCAGCGAAGAGAGCCAAAGGAAGCCCGGUUGUUUGAGCCCACUGCUGCCGAUGGUGGUGAGGCCAUGCUCCAGACCUUGCUUCAACGGCUGUCCACACGAAGAUGGCGCAUUGCUCAAGAGCUGGAAAGCCUCCUGGAGCAAGUGAAGAGUUUGUUGCUCCUAAGAGAUGCAGAGCCAACAGGUUCUGGAUCUGAUGUCGGCGAGCUGGUUGCUGAGCGCUUGGAGCUGGACAUCCAACUCAUCGCUCGAGAGCUGGUGCUGCUGCGGGCUUCCGGGGCACUGGACGAAGUGCCAUGGUCAGUGGUCAAGGCCCUUGCCACCUUCAGCGGCAUCAUUUUGCCGAGAGAUGGGAAGGAAGAGCAAUAUCCAAUGCACUGGGCAGCUGACCACGGAAGGCGGGAUAUCAUGGAAUUUCUCUUACGGUACCCAGCAGGGGAAGAUUUGCUCUUGCAGCGGGAUAGCCAGGGACGGAUCCCUCUCUUUUACGCGGAACGGGCUGGCAACGAUGCUUUGGCCUUGUACUUGCGAGAGAACGGGCCGGACCUCCACCCGCAGGAGCCAACCCUUCAACGGCCAUCGAGCGCCAACAUUCCGGCGGCCUACGAAGACGUGAUCAAGGUAGUUGAGGAGAGAGGCUGGCACGCAGUAAAUUGGAUUGAAGGAUUCACACUGCUACACUGGGCAGCUGAGAAGGGCCUCGCUGAUUUCUGCAGGUAUUUUGUUGCACUGAAUGCUGACCCGAACGCCACCGAUAGCCGGGGGCGGACAGCUCUUCAAUGUGCGACCGAUUCCCAUCACAGAGAUGCGGAGCUUGUGCUCAGAGAGCUGAUGGGGUUGGAAGUGUCUGACGACACCAGAACCACUUCGAAGGAGCCAUAUUUCCGGCCCAGAAGUAACAGCGAGGGACCUGAAUCAUCGCAUUGGCCAACCCAAUCGCGGAGGGCCACCUGCGUACAAGCUGUCAGGCAGAAUCUAUCACAAUCAGGAUCGUCAGAUGGCAUUCCCGAAGCAUAUCUCCGUGUAAUGCAGCAGAUUGACCAGAUCGGCUGGGACAAGAUGUGCUGGGGACGCGGCUUUACUUUGCUUCAUUGGGCUGCCAAACAUGACAGAGCUGACUUGUGCGAACUCUUCUUGUGGCAUGGUGCUGAUCCCGAUCAUCGCGAUGAAAGCAACCGCUCCGCCUUUGACUACGCUCGUCUUCGUCAGCCACAGGCGCUUGCAGCUCUUGAGGUGCUUCAGAGAG